UCUGUGAGACACAGCCACACCCUCUCCCCUUAGGGCCGAGGCCCAGAAUGUUCCCAGAGGCACGGAGCGCAGAGAAUGUACAUUCCCAGCCUAUACAAAUGCACAUAUUCCGCACUCCCGGAUUAUAACUAAAGACGCUUACGAGUUUCCACAUUUACACAGUAAUACAAGACUUAGCAUAUUUAUGUCUGAGUAGGCUAACUAGAAUUUAAUUGUAGUUUUGCGAUUAAUAAGAAUUGAGGUUCUUCCUUUAAGAUACGGUGAUUAAACGUUUCACUUAAACUCAAGUUCCAGGGUACUUAAGUGUUUUGUCUUGUAUCUCGUAAAAUGCUAGAAACACAAGAUCAAUGUCAGCAAUAAUAUUUAUGUAACGUGGGACGCCCCUGGAAAGCAGGGAAUAAAAUAUGCAUUGCAAAGUGAAACGGGGAGAGCUGCCGGGUGCACCAGGAAAACUCUGCGCGCGUGACGUGUUCCCGUUCGCCGAGGGAUUUGUGCUUUGCGCCACUCUUCUGUUUUGCAGUUUCGCACUAGGCUACAUCAGCUUUUUCGUAUGCCUUUCGAAUUGUCCGAAACUACGUCGUCGGCUGUGCCGCCGUUGUAUAAGCCUCUCUGCAGGAGACGUCUUUAAGUUGGCUUGCAGGCUAAGUAAAAUUCUGUUGGUCCGUUUGAUAUUUUCGGAUCCUUAAAGCAGCGCCGUGCUGAUUCACGUCGUCCAUCUGCCUUCGUUAGUUAUAGAUUUAUUAUAGGCGAAGAGAUAUCAUGUCGCAAGUGUUGCCUUACGACGAAAACAUAACGCAUUACGGUAAUGAUGGCGACAAGGAACAAUUAUCGCUCACCUGCAGACUUCAUAAUACCAAUAACUUCUUUGGUACUACACAAACCAAAAGGGCACCAAAACUUGGACAGAUCGGAAGAAGCAAACGAGUUGUCAUAGAAGAUGACAGAAUUGACGAAGUGCUCCAAAACACAGCAGAAAAGUCGCCGACGAAAGUGUAAAAGUCAAGGACGUUGUUUUUUGUUUUUUUUUAGGCAGAGGCGAGGUGUUGAAAUACUAACAUCUGCAAAAAAAAGGCACUUUGCAGUGCCUCUCGGUAUGGGUUGAAUUUCGUAGAACGGUACACAAGGAGCGCACUGUUUCAGGCUCCCGGAUGGGAGAGCCGAGAUCUGCGUUUUCCCUUGAGGGCAUGUUUUUUUGAUAACUUUUUUUUUUUUCCUUCUAAUGAGCUGCGAUCAGUUCUAUAUUGUUAUUCUUGUGUUUUGAUCUUUAGUAGUAAAGGUACUGUUGUAUUGUGAGGAAUGCAUUGAUAUUACAAGCACAACGCACCGUUUACUGGUACCCGUCAUCUUUCACUUUUUCCCUCAGACAAGACACGAUGUUUCUCUGUAUCUUGCAACACUGCAUUUUUUUUUGUGCACAAUGGAACUGUGAAUGUGUUUUUCUUGUGAAAGAAAUAUGAUUGAUCUUCUCGAGUACUUAUUUUGCAGCAAUGAGAGACUGAGAAAAUGUUUUUAUAGACUGACAAACAAAAGCCUACCUUUUUUAAAAUAACAAACCUGCUUUUUGUUAAUGUUGCUUAUUGGCAUUUUUGUUGCUACAAACUGCCUGCUCUGCCUAAGGUAAAUAGCUUAUUUUUGUAUGAAGAAGCCCCCCCACCCCCACCCCCCCAAAAAAACAAAACAAAACAAAAAAAACUGUUUGGCUGGGCCGUCACUGUACUCCUAGCACUUUUUUUAAAUGUGGCUUUUAUUUUCUGCUGUAAGGAUAUGAUCACGUUUGUGCCAAAUAUCAGAAAAGAAUGCCAGUCAGGCCAUGCCGCUGUCCUGGCUGUGCUGUGGAAAGCCUGGCACUUCUGGCUGUCUUCAGGGCUUUUCUAACUGCUUUUGCAUGCGACAGGCUAAAGUGCCUCGCUGCGUGGCUACAGAACUGGUGUAUUUACUGUGUUCCCAUUGUUUGCAAUUUUUUGGAAUGACAGACCUCAAACUAUCUUGGAUAUUACAUAUAUGUUGCACUUCUUUUCACUGUUAAACAGGGCUAUAUUGAUAAAGUAUGACCAUUAAAAUGUGAAUAUAUAAAUAUAUAUAUCAAAAA